AUGCUCUACGACGACAGUCUUCCCGAGGAUCUCGAUGCGGCAUGUUCUGCAGCCCUCAUGGCUGAUAUCGCUUGCGACCCUCUCGUUCCGGCUCUCCGCCAUGACUUCUACUACCCUACUGCCACGCUGACCCGCAUGUGUACCGUUGGCUGCGCUUCUGCACUCCAGUCUUGGGAGAGCUCGGUCCGGUCUGCCUGUGGCAACGACAUUGUCAUUCCUGCUGAGUAUGAUCUUGACGCAUCACCCAUUGUGAUCCCGGCCAGCCGCCGAUACAUCUAUGAAUUCACGUGUCUCAAGGAGAGCGAUGUCUUUUGCGGCCCCGUUGCGGCAUUGACAGCUUUCUUUACCAAUCCUGGAGUUUCUGUCUUCAACUACAUCAAUGAACUUCCCGAGGGCGCUGUCAAGCCCGCGGAUUGUGACCUGUGUCUCGCAGCCAGACUGCGCCUGCGAUCUGGGUCGCCCUACUUUGAUGGUCCCGUCGUGGCCAGCGAGUCCAUCUACCAAACCUUGACGUCCAGCUGUGGCAUCACGGGCAAGCCUGCUACCACAUCUACCAUUGACUAUUUCAUCACCCAACCGUCGCCUACCGAGUCAGUCUGCGGCAGCACCACGUACCAGAUCCAGGGCGGUGAUGAUUGCUACAGCAUCUCCAAGGCUAAGAGUGUCGGUACAGCCUGGAUGCUGUCUGACAAUCACCUCGGUGCCUAUUGUCACGGGUUCCCAACUUCGGGUAGUCUCUGCAUCACUAACACGUGCAAAACUGUCACGGUAGCAGUCAACACGACGUGCACAGCCAUCGCUGCGGCUGCGAACAUCACAGAGCCACAGCUUCUGGCUUGGAAUCCUGUCAUCAACCCGGUCUGUUCCAACCUGGACAUGAUGAACGGCACCACUCUUUGCAUCGAACCACCCGGACCCAAGCUGCCACCCGCCCCGACGACGAACGUUCCUCCAGUGACGCCUACAACUGCCGCUCCGAUCCCUUCCAAUACUGCCAUUGGGUCUGACAAGCCCUGCGGCCGCUGGUACGAGGUUGAGGCAGGCGACUACUGCAACCUGGUUACUCUCAAGUUUGCCAUUUCUCUAGAGGACUUCAUGUUCCUCAACACGGGCAUCAACUCCAACUGCACCAACCUCUUUGCCAAGGAAAGCUACUGUAUCCAGGCGGUUGGUGAUAUUAAUAACUACCCCGGCCGUCCUGGAUAUAACUCCGUCACCAUUGACCCCAACGAGUCCUUUACCGGCGUCCCCUUCACUAUGCUGCCCAACGCCACCAUGACUCUGGAUCCAAGACCAACCCAGCUCCCAUUGGCCACCGGUGUCCGCGACGACUGCGCCUUCUACUUCAAGGGCGACGAGUACCAAUACUCGCCUGACGUGUUCGGCUUUUGGAAUAGCAACUGCGAGAUUGCAGCGUCCAACUACAACGUCGAUUUUGACAGCUUCGUCGCCUGGAACUCGCUCACGACGAACGUCACGGACGCGGCAUGCGUGUUCCAGAUCGGCCAGCGGUACUGCGGCUCCUGGGGUCUGCCACCCACACAAACCACCACCGAAGAGCCCGCGCCGACCGGGACCGGGACCGAACCCCAGCCGCCAGCGGCCACGCACGAGGGCCAGCCGGCAGACUGUGAUGGCUGGCACGUCGUGGCCAGCAAAGGCGACAGCUGCGGGUCCAUGGCCUCGGACAACGGAAUCACCGUGGAUCAGUUCUACGCUUGGAACCCGGCGGUGUCCAAGGACUGCGUGACAAACUUUUGGCUGGGGCAGGCAUACUGCGUCGGCCGAUCUAGUGUCGGGGGGACUCCUACCACGACGUCGUCGAUCCCCACAACGGCGAAGCCGACGCCGCCCGCACCGACACACACCGGCCAGCCGGCUAAUUGCAACAAGUGGGAUGUUGUGCAGAGUGGCGACGGCUGCGCGUCCAUGGCCAGUGACAACGGCAUCACACUUGAUCAGUUUUAUAACUGGAACCCUGCUGUCUCGAGGGAUUGCGUGACAAACUUCUGGCUUGGCCAGGCGUACUGCGUUGGGGUUUCUAGCUAGAAAGAAUUAUUAGGAUUUAUUUCAUGAUUUGAUUGCUACGUGGAGGUGGGAAAUCUGUAGUUUUGCGGAAGCUCAAGUACCUACUAUAUGUAAGGAUAGUGUCAUUAAGGAUAUGUUUUCUACCAUGGUUACUCUUUAGGCUAAGGAAAGAGA